AUGAAGGGUUUUAUUCUUCUUCUUCUUCUUCUUACCGUGAGUUUAGUGAUGAGUGCUGGACUGCCGAGGCACGGAAAUAAUAUCGACUAUUUGGAAGCUCUUCGCCGGAUGCAGCAGGUGCCACAGUGGCAUUGCAUGAGGUACCGUCGCUUCCACCCCCAUGGCCACUGUAGCCGAUGGUGGUUGACAAGGCGGGCUUAG